GCAGUGUUCGUAUGGUGAUUUUUUACGAUUGUACAGUUUUUAAGUGAGUUAUGAACAUUUUUAAUUUAUGCUAUAUUAUGUACACAUAACUUUCUAUAAAAUUGAACCACCGUAACAAGACCGACAUACAAACACAGAUAAUAAUGUUCUUACCAUCAAGUUUCAUAAUUGUCAGAUUCACUCUAACUUUUAAACCAACAGAGCUGUACGUUAUCUGCUGAGCUUAAAUUUGCCAUGAUACACACUUGUAGGACGGAGACAACAAAUAUCCGUGUGGCGUCCUUUUAAGAGCUUAUUUGAACGAUGUUAUACUGUUAUAGUGCUGGACCUCCAAGCCCUAGACUUAAUAAGUGCACAAUUUAAAAUGCAACAUCUACAAAAAAUACCAAUAUACACUAGGUAGUUGUAAACCAGCCAAAUUCUAGUACACAAAAUCAUCUUAUGUGGAAAUGUUUCAAGUACUACAACUCUUACGUCAGCAGACAUGACGUUUUUUGUGAUAGUAUUAAACUGGAAACAGACGAUGGGACUUUAAUAUUUGGACAUAUAGUGGUUUUAACAUCGGCUAGUUCAUAUUUCCAUGCAUAUUUCAUACAUUUUGCAGAAAAGAAUAAAGAUCUUAUUGUUACAAGACAAUUAGAUUCUACCACCUUACAACUCAUGGUAGAACUUAUUUAUUUCGGAAAAAUUAUGGUCACCAAAAAAAUAGAAGAGGUUGUGACUGACAAAUUCCUAACCUUAUCAUCUGAACAGGUCUUUAAGUUGGUCUCCAGUUAUGAGCUUACAGUUCAAUCUGAAGAAAGACCUAUGUUACCGAUGCCAAUUUUGGUAUACCAUCUAGCUCAUCUUCCUCAAUUAAAGAGAAAACAUGAAUUAACUCAAAUUUCUAGGUUUUUGGUAGUGUCGUCAUAA